AUGUCGGACGAUGACGACGAUGAUGAUGAUGAAGACGAUGAGGAAGAGACCGAGGAGGAGGAGGAGGAGGAGGAGGAGGAUGCUGCUCCUCGGGACUUCGUCCCACCACUGGCGCCGAAGAAGGCGCUCCGGGUGUCGACCACCUCCGCGGGGCCAACCGUGGCCCCGCUGGGAGCGAGCGACGGUGUUGUUGGAGAGGCUGCGGUGCCUCCUGCGGAGGUAGCCUUUGCGGCAGCGACUGGAAAGAGGGUGCUACAGUCGGGCACGGAGCUGAGGCCGACCCUUGUUCCGCCCUCUGCCUUCAUAGCCGACCCUGCGGAACAAGGUGUCGCCCUUGGGGUUCCUCCGCUCGGCGAGGUGAUAAACCUUGAUGACGAGGCGGAGGAGCUGGCGGGGGAGGUGUCAGCGUCCAGGGCGUUGGUCACGGUGGCGGCAGUGAUGGCGGUGGAAACAGCAGCGGUGGCGGAGACGGUGGUGCCUGCUCCGACGAUGACGACGGAGACGGCGGCGGCGGCGAAGACGGUGGCGCCUGCUCUGGCUGUGACGACGGAGACGGCGGCGGCGGCGAAGACGGUGGCGCCCGCCCUGGUGACGACGGAGACAGCGGCAGCGGCAAAGACGGUGGCUCCCGCCCUGGCGAUGACGAAGACGGCGGCAGCGGCGAAGAUGAGGCCCCGCUUCAUGCUGGACAACGUCGGGGAGCGGAAAAGAUGGCAGGCGGUGCAGGGCGGCCUUGAAAACGUCCGCGCCGCCCUGUCUUCCGCGAUGGGGGAGUUGGAUGGCGUUGUUGUCCCUGGUGGUCAGGAAUGCAGCCGGGGAAAGUCCAAGUUCCUCCGGCACGAGUGGGGGGUCUGGGAGCGCUUCGCCGCAGAGAUGCGGCGGACCGGGGAGCUGACCAGGCAGCUCACCGCCGCCCAGCAGAACGUCACCGACCUGCAAGCGCGAGAGCAGGAGGAGCACGACCUCGAGGCGGGCCGGAAGGUUGAGGCAGAGAGGGUGGUGGCCAACCUUGGGGCGGAGGUCAGUCGCCUUCAUUUGCAGAUGCAGGAGCUUCAGGUCGCCGUGUCCCAAGGGCUCGACCAGGAACAUCUGUUGAGAGCUCAGUCUGAGGGCCUUGAGGCUGACCUCACCCAGCUGAGGGACGCCACCGAUUCGGAGCACGCUGAGCUCGCCAACCUGCGGGACGCUGUUCGCAUCAUCUGCGAGGACCUCCACGUGGUCCAAGAGGAGGGGACGAGCACGCUGGUGGUUCGUGUCCUCGGGAUGUACCGGCAAGCCCUUGAGAUCACUCGGGAGGCACUCCACGUUGGCGUGAGGUGGGCUUUCAUCGUAUUUGGCUCCCACUACUCCGGCAUCAACUUCGACGCGAUGAGCGGGGGAUAUGCCUUUGGCUACUCCGAGCAUUGCAGGAUGCCGGUGUGGCUCCACUUGUAG